CAUUAGAAAGGUAAGACUACUGAUAUUAAAAUAUGAGUUGUGUGCUUUUAUUUGUCGGAAAAAAAUUAAUUACUGUUUUUUAUAUAGUGCUUUUAUCCAAAGCACUUUACAAUAGUUAACUAACGGUAUAAACAACAUUUGAAAAGAGCAUUAAUUGGUCCGCUGAGACCCUCAGUAAUUUUCAAGUCUGCGAAAAAAAAGUUUGAGAACCACUGCUCUAGUGGUCAGCUUGCCUCACAUUUGAGACUAAGUGGGUUGUGUUUGACAGGGCUCCCAAAUAUAAAAUAUGCUCUCCAGUAUUUACUGUUGCUGAGUAUGGUAGAAUCCUGCUGUUCUUCAUUUAAGUUCUAGUGAGAUUUCAUUUUAUGAUUAUUUUUUAAUAGUAGCACCUAUAAGCAAAUGAGAUUGGGGCCCCGUUGUGGCUAGAUGCUAUACAACGAUAGAGUAAGAGACAGUCUCUGCCCUGAGGCAUUUACAGUCUAAAUAAGAUAACUUUCAGAGACAUGCAUAUGUGGCUCCACUGAUAUAAUUGUGCCUUUUGGAAGAGAUGGGAGGGGAAGAUGACGAUGGAAAAGAUUCUGAUAUGUGGAGUCUUAUAGAUGCACUUAAUGCCGUAUCUUCUGUAUUUGAAAUUUAUAUACAAAGAUGUACAAUUAUGUGCCUACAUUUGCUUCUUGCAAAUUGAACAGGUGAGUGUACAAAUCUCUCAGGCGUUCAGUUUUUAUACUCAGUUGAAUUCAAAUUUAGACAUACAGUUGUACAUGCAUUUCGCAAACAGACCUCUGCUUUAAAUGUGACCCUGAAUGUUUUGAAGAAUACUUGGCUUUUGAAUGAUUUUUUCCCCCCUUUUAAAUUUUUUUUUAAUGACCUAGAUAGUGACAGCCUUAGUAAAUGCUAUCGUAUUUUUAUGAAUUUGUCCAGAUUACGCACGAUUGGGUAUAGACCUCUUGCUGUUAUGAAAUCUCCUCCUCCCUUAUGUAAGAGUACCAAGUUCUCUGGGAAGCACAGCACUAUAUGACCACUUCCUGUUCAAGCUGCAGCUGUCAGGAUUUAUUAAUGUCUUCUGGUGGGGGAUUGUUGGCAGUAUGUAACACACACUUUAGUGCAUUUCUAUCUGGGACUAUUUGAGCUAAUUGCAGGGGAAAUCCAGUGGAUAAAUCUCUUUAUAUCUCCAUCUUUAUUGGAAGGCCAAGAAAAAGAUUCAGUAUUGUAUCACAUGAAAUGGACAUACCAUCACAAUGUAAUCAUCUGAUAUCGGCUGAAUUAACAAGGAAACCAGAAUAUAAGGAAGAUAAAAAUGAAGAUGAACAGACCGUUGCAGAAAUCAUGAGAAGGCGUUUUUCUCCUGCUGUUCUAACUAACAUAUCCUGGGAAGGUUUUCACUUUGCUGACCAUGAGAUAAAAAUUACAGAAGCCACUGAAUGUUAUGGGGCAGUAGUCUGGCCAUCGGCUCUUGUUCUAUGUCACUUUUUGGAAACAAAUGCUGAACAAUACAGCCUGGUUGAUAAAAGUGUAAUUGAAAUUGGAGCUGGAACAGGGCUGGUCUCCAUAGUAGCCACUUUACUUGGUGCACGUGUAACUGCCACGGACCUGCCUGAAGUACUAGGAAACCUUCAGUACAAUAUUCUCAAAAAUACCAAAAUGAAGUGUAAGCAUCAGCCCCAGGUUAAAGAACUGUCCUGGGGAGUUGAUUUAGAGAAAAAUUUUCCCAAGUCUUUGUGUCAUUUUGACUACAUCAUGGCUGCUGAUGUUGUGUACUACCAUCCCUUCCUGAAGGAGCUGCUUCUUACCUUCCAUCACUUGUGUCAGGACAACACUGUUAUUCUCUGGGCCAUGAGAUUCAGGCUGGACAAAGAGAACCAAUUUAUGGGCAGAUUUCAGGAAUUGUUUGACCUGGAGGUAAUUUCCAAUUUCCCCAGUUUAAACAUAACAUUGUACAAGGCAAUGAGAAAAGGCAAGAUGAUGUGAUGUUCCAACUUGAGUAUUAGAAAGUGUGUGUGUGGAGUUUGAGUUUUUUCACAGGUUCCAUGUUAAUGCUUGAUGACACCUGUAGAUUAUGCAAGCAGCAUGCCUUUUGGGAUGUCAGGGCAGCAGAUGGAUGCCUCUGUCCCCUUCAGAAGAGAGUCACUUCCCACCACCCUUUGCCUUCUCUUACACAGGGUGAUUACGAGCCUCACAGCCUUGGGGCAAGUGGCUCCUCUUCCUCAUGUUAUAAACAUUAACAAAUGGUCUUGCGUAAGAAUAGUGCAGCAUACUACCAAUUCCCUUUUAAAAAAAAUUCUCAAAUCCUUGGAGCUUUGCCUUUCUCAAAAUAGACCACUGUGGACCUCUAGCUCUGAGAGCACAACAAUACUAACAAUUGCCCUCAAGAAAAUGUUUUGCACCACUGCCUCAUUGUGGUAGCUGGAGACCAAAAAGACUUACUUUGCAUUCUUAAUUAUGGGCAGAUCACAGAAAAAAGUUGCUUAGCAUCUUUGGAAAGGCCCACUGUGACUGUCUGUAUCCCUGUGUUCACCUUUUUACAAAACUAUAAUGCAUUUUGUACGAAGUAUGCCUUGUGAGGUAUCGUUUGAAAAUUCAUAAUUUACUGAUCAUUAUUGUCCUGGUAAACUGUGUGUGACAACAUUGUAUGUGAAGUUAUAAGGCUCUACUGUAUGAGAUUUAUUGAGAGAUAUUCCAAGUCUGCAAAAGCAGGCACAAACCCGUCCCUCAGAGACAAAAGGCAAAUCGACGCCUCAGCCAGGUGUCAACAAAAUCACAUGAACUAUCACCUGGUUAAGCUGCCAUUCUUUGGUAGGAAAAAGGGUGUGAGUAAGAAAUGUACAUCUUGGCAAAUAAAAAGCUGCAGGUUCCAAUCUCCUAAGACCUUCUGUCUUCUGAACCUCAGCUGGAGAUAAUUUUCAAAAUAAAAGAGAACCAUAAGAAAAGGGAGCAGAUGCCUCAGAAUACUCCUCUCUUUCUCUCUACCCAUGACAUCAACAACACCUGAAAGACAAGGAAAGUAACACUGAACCGGGGAGGGGGGCUAGGGGAAAGAAUCCUGGCCAACUGAAAUCCAGACCUUAAGACUGCUCAAACAUGUGGUGAGAGAGACCUCUGCUUUGAAUUAAUUUAGCUUGUUAAGUUAGAUGUUAAUUGCGUUUUACCUUUUAUUUUCUUGUAACCAGUUCUGACUCUUAUGCUUCAUU